AUGGACCUGAAGCAGACAGACCGUGAUAAAGGCCUAAAGAAAGCAAAACAAAGCAGUGAUGUGCUUGAGGGCGGCUGGGGGGUCAUCGCCAGGGCCUUUGGUGGCGACUUGAAUGUAAGAGAUGCUAAAAACCUUGUCCCCAUGGACCCCAAUGGCUUGUCAGAUCCCUAUGUGAAACUGAAACUCAUUCCUGACCCCAAAAGUGAGAGCAAACAGAAGACCAAAACCAUCAAGUGCUCCCUCAACCCCGAGUGGAACGAGACAUUCAGAUUCCAGCUGAAGGAAUCGGACAAAGACCGGAGGCUGUCCGUGGAGAUUUGGGACUGGGAUCUGACCAGCCGGAACGACUUCAUGGGCUCCCUGUCAUUCGGGAUUUCUGAGCUGCAGAAGGCGGGGGUGGACGGCUGGUUUAAGCUGCUGAGCCAGGAGGAGGGCGAGUACUUCAAUGUGCCCGUGCCGCCGGAAGGGGGCGAAGGCAACGAGGAGCUGCGGCAGAAGUUUGAGAGGGCCAAGAUCGGCCAGACACCCAAGACUCCAGAAGAAAAAACUACCAACACCAUAGCCAAAUUUGACAACAAUGGGAACAGGGACCGGAUGAAGCUGAGUGAUUUUAACUUCCUGAUGGUGCUUGGGAAAGGCAGCUUUGGCAAGGUCAUGCUCUCCGAGCGGAAAGGCACGGACGAGCUCUAUGCCGUGAAGAUCCUGAAGAAGGACGUGGUGAUCCAGGACGACGACGUGGAGUGCACCAUGGUGGAGAAGCGGGUGCUGGCCCUGCCGGGGAAGCCGCCCUUCCUGACCCAGCUGCACUCCUGCUUCCAGACCAUGGACCGCCUGUACUUCGUGAUGGAAUACGUGAAUGGCGGUGACCUCAUGUACCACAUCCAGCAGGUUGGCCGGUUUAAGGAGCCUCAUGCUGUAUUUUACGCUGCAGAAAUCGCCAUCGGCCUGUUCUUCUUACAGAGCAAGGGCAUCAUUUACCGUGACCUAAAACUUGACAACGUGAUGCUGGAUUCCGAGGGCCACAUCAAGAUCGCCGACUUUGGCAUGUGCAAGGAGAACAUCUGGGACGGGGUGACCACCAAGACGUUCUGCGGCACUCCGGACUACAUCGCCCCUGAGAUCAUUGCGUACCAGCCCUACGGGAAGUCGGUGGACUGGUGGGCAUUCGGAGUCCUGCUGUAUGAGAUGCUGGCCGGGCAGGCGCCCUUCGAAGGGGAGGACGAGGAUGAACUCUUCCAGUCCAUCAUGGAGCACAACGUGGCUUACCCCAAGUCCAUGUCCAAGGAGGCCGUGGCCAUCUGCAAAGGGCUGAUGACCAAGCACCCGGGCAAACGUCUGGGCUGCGGGCCGGAAGGCGAGCGGGACAUCAAAGAGCACGCGUUCUUCCGGUAUAUUGACUGGGAGAAACUGGAACGCAAAGAGAUCCAGCCCCCGUAUAAGCCAAAAGCCUGUGGGCGCAACGCUGAGAACUUCGACCGGUUUUUCACCCGCCAUCCACCCGUCCUCACACCUCCUGACCAGGAAGUCAUCAGGAAUAUUGACCAGUCAGAAUUCGAAGGAUUUUCCUUUGUUAACUCUGAAUUUUUAAAACCUGAAGUCAAGAGCUAAGUAGAUGUGUAGAUCUCCGUCCUUCGUUUCUGUCGUUCGAGCUCGACGGCCAUCAUGGUGACAUAUUUUUCAUUGCCGAGUUGCAUCCAUGUUUAUUUGCUGAUGAGACCAGAGUGACCAUGUCCUGGAACACAAAUGUCCUCAGGCAGUUUGGAGCGUCUCUACAAGAUGGGAUUAUGCGGAUGCCUGUCGAAACGGCUGCAUAAUUAGCACACUGUCAAAGUCCUCUCCCAGUUCCUCCUGCAUGCCUGUCCGGCAGAUCCAGUGGGGACAGGAAACGCCUGCUUCCUUUUCCUUUUUCUCUGCAUGGCCAUUUUUACACAUUCUCCCGCUCCAACCAUCCCAUCUAGAUUCUUCCGCCCAGUGAGUGGAUGGCCGGGUGCUAGCGGCCUGGCUGGUGUCCAAGGAUCUGGUUGCUUUGCCUUAGAGGGAAUUUCUCCAUUCUUUCUGGCUUGGGGGCACCACGAGCUCUGAAAAGACCGUGCUACAAAUAACAUUUUUGUUGUGUUUUUUUGCUUUUUUUUUGACUCAAAGUUAAGAAGAUUGUCUAAGUCCUUUUAAAAUUCCCAAACUGUGCUUUUACAAAGUUUCUAUCUAAAAGCACCUCAAGGGGUCAAAAGGCAACCAGCUUGGGUGCUACCUCAUUGCUGUCACCUCUGGUCCGAUGCAUCCCUGCUCACCCUCACCCCAAACUGCUUGGAAAGGGCAUUUGCACCGUUUCCUGAGAGACAUGGUCACUCUCGCACGGUCCCAGGACCAGGAUUCACAUCACAUUUCAAACUUUAUUUGCUUUGGGGCUUUAUUUCUGUUGUUGUUCAAAUGCAAAAACAAACAAAAAAACAAACCAAAAAAAUACUCAUUUUGUUACUACAUGCUUCGAAAAAUGUGUCCAAAUGUUACUGACCACACUGACCAGCUUGGGCCUGCAAAGGAGGCUGCUCCGGGCGGCACAGGCUCCUGGGCAGUGGGUGGGGCUGGGGGUGCAGCUGGCGUAAGUGCUCGGAGAAAGACGCCAUUUCUCGAUG